AUGAAUGGGGUUGGCGAGUCGAGCAAUGGCAGAAUUUGUCAGCUUCCUCAAAGUGUUAUACAUCACAUUCUGAUGCUGCUGCCAAUAAAAGAUGCAGCAAGAACAGCCAUCAUGUCAACAAACUGGCGGGGCCAUUGGAGAAGUGUUCCUCAACUUGUAUUUUGUAAUGGUUUCGCACAAAUCAGUGGUCCUGGCAUGCUGAACAAGUUAAUUCUAAGCAUUUACCAAUCUUUGCUGGUUCACGAUGGGCCGGUGACCAAGUUUGUGCUUGCAAUUCCUGGAUUAACCCCCUGUGAUGGGAUUGAUCACAUCAUUGUUCAUCUUUCUGGAAGAGGUAUCCAAGAAUUAACCCUUGAGUUUUCCGUAGGUUUUGUCAGUUACAAGCUGCCUUCCUCCUUGUUUACUGCUCCUCUACUGAAUCGUCUGGAACUGCAAAAUUGUUUGUUGAUGGCGCCGACCUGGUUUGUUGGAUUUAGUAAGCUUACAUAUCUUUUCUUACUAGAAGUAGGCCUGCCAUCUGAUUUCUUUGAGAGUUUUCUUCCCAAGUGCCCAAUGAUAAAGACUUAG